AUGCAAACUUUUCUCAUUAUUACCGUAAUCUUCAUUCCAUUUAUCUUUGCCGAUAUAAAAUGUCAUCAAUGUGGAGGAGCUGAAACUAUUCCGAAGUUUGCUAAAAAUGCAUUAGCUUCGAUAAAUAUCACAACUGAUCCAUAUUUUGGAGAUUGUUCUUCAACUUCUUCGGGAAAUAUUUGUCAAAAUGGCACGUUUUGCAUUAAAAGAUCAAGUACGUUUGUUUAUUAAGAAUGAUGCAAAUGUUUCAAAAAUUUACAUGACUUUUGUCAUUUUUAGGAGUUUAUGAUAUAAGUUAUUCUGGAGUUUCUUUCAAAUGGACAACAUAUACAAAAGGAUGUGCAAUCACAAGAGAAGAUGAUACAACAAAAACACCUGAAAAUGCAUGUUAUGAAUUGGGUUCAUCUUCAAAUGGAACUGGCUACACUUCGGUAUUAUUUUGGAAACUGAUAAAACCACAAUUUCCAUGAAAAAUAAUUUUUGCAGAGACGACUUGAUUGCUAUUGCACCAAAGAUUACUGUAACAGUGCUCAACAAAUCAUCCAAUUUUUCACAGUCUUCUCGAUAAUUUUAACUAAUUUAUUGUGA